AUGACAACAUUUGCCUAUAAUGCAACAAAUUCUAGCCUUUGGCUUUAUAAUAUAAAUUCUCAAACAUGGGACGUUCCUGGGCCAGGAACUAAUGGACCACCACUUCUCAUGCGUAGAUCCACUGCAACAACUAUUAAUAAAGAUGGAGUGAUUUUUAUUUUGGGUGGAAGAGUGAAAGUGGAUACUGGAUCAGAAGUUUUUACAAUAUUCGAUGAAUUUUUUACGUUUGAUACUUUAUUAUUGAAAUGGACAAAUCUCACCUCACUUCCUAAUCAUCCAUAUAAACGAAGUCAUGCAACGGCAACUUUGAUGCCUGAUGGAAAAAUUAUUUACAUAGGUGGUGUUACUCAAUCUAUCCCUGGUGAACCUGCAACUCGUAUAAGCAUGAAUGAAGUGAUAAUCUUAGGGGGAUGUCAAAGUUACGGACUUAAUCAGACUAUAUCAUAUCCGGUUUUUGUAUUGCUAGAUGUUAGUUCUGAAACUUUUCAAUAUUCAAGUCCUCAACCUUCUGGUAUAUCACCUCCUCCAUUAUCAUACCAUACAGCAACGCUUUAUCAAAGCUAUAUGAUCGUAGCAUUUGGUAAUGAUUCAUGCUCAUCCAAUAAUUAUAGGACGUUUUGCCAAAUUAAUCUCCAAUUUCUUUUAAAAAGUUUGCCUAAUUAUGCGAUCACUUCUGCUUUUAAUGCCACCUUUUUUUUUAAAAAAAAACAUCAGCAUCAAAAUUUUUGGCAAUGA